AUGGCUUCGUCCGACCCCCAUGACUCAUUUGUGUUGGCAAAUUACAAGCCACUACCGGUUGAAAAAGACUGCCGUUGUGAACGCCAUUGCAUCGUGGAUAAUCGACGAUUUAGCAACACGGUUGCUGUUCGUCACCUUUAA